AUGGAAAGGAUACCUCUUUCAGUAUUUGAAAAAUUCAAUAAUCAAGAGUUGUUACUGGAUGUUCCAGAAGAUAGGUUUAUUUCUAAAUCUUUACAGUCUCCAGAAAUAUUUUCAACUCCAUGCGAAGAGUGCACGUACUUUACGAAGUCAAAUAACAACAACAUCCUAAAGUUUGAUGAUACAACUGGGUUGAAUACAGUUUUAGUAUCAUAUACACAACAAUCAAAGAAGAGGAAACAAAAGAAAACCAAUGCUUCAUCUAAAGGUCGACCAAAGAUAAUUGGCUCUGACCUUACGCAAGGGUUCAGUGAUUUCAAACCAGAAAGUUUAAAAGAUAUAUACCUGUUGAAUGAUAUUUUCAAAUCAAUACAAUAUUUGAUUCAAAACAAGAAUUUCACACCACAAGAUUUCAAAAUUGUUACUGCUAGAAGACAUUUGCAGAAACUAAUGACGAUACCUAUUCACAAACAAGAGGUUCAAUUCAAUGUGAUAUAUUGGAAAGGAAUGAUAUUUUUUGCAUAUGAUUGGAAGUCUGAGAGUACCACCAAAGUGGAAGAUCCGUAUAAUAAACUUAUACAAUAUACUGGCUUUAAAUUUGAGGAAGUGGUAUCAGAAGGAACAAGAGAUCUGAACUUUUAUACUGUUGUUCAACAUUGUGUUGAUAAUAUUCCUGUGAUUUAUACAGCCGAAGUUGAUUGUAGUAUUGAUAAAGAAACAGGAUUAGAGAAUUAUAUUGAGUUGAAAACACAUACAAAACUAGCUGAUGACAAAAUAAGUACAAUUAACAAAUUGAAUAAAAAAUUGUUAUCGACAUUUAUCCAAACCAAGUUUAUUGAUUGUCAACAUUCCAUUAUAGGAUUCAGGUCAACCGAUUUAAAAAUAGCGUCAAUCAAAAAAUACACACAAAGAGAACUUGCAGGAGAGAUCAAUUCAUUCCCAGUGAUAUUAUCUGAUAAAUGCUCUAUUAACACCAAGCUGAUUUUCCAAUGGUAUAAACUAAUAAUGAAUUGGAUCAUACUGAAAGAAAUCACUGACCACAACACCCCACAAAUAUUUCGAUUAUCUUUCAAAAGAGAUCAAGAGUUAAUGAAUUCAUAUUUGAAAUUGGAAAAAAUACUCCAAGAAGAUGAUAAUGAUACGAUAUUUAAUGAUUUGGUUCCUGAAUGGUUCCAGUCGUUUAUUAUGAAUUUAUUCUAA